AAGACCAGUGAGUGUUUCACUGAAAGUCAAUCUUUCCAACCCUUUCUUUCCUCUCCCCUUCCUUCCUCUCUCAAACCCAAGUCACAAUCUUGAAAUCUUUGCCCUCACUAUAAAUUCCACCAUCCCAUUCCAACCGACAACCAUUUUUCCACCCUUGUGAUUUGGUUUCACACACACAGAAGAAAAAAAAGAGAGAGAAGAGAAACACACAAACACAAACAGAAGCAUGGAGGUGGAAGUGAUGGUUCCACCGGUGGACUUCAACUUCGACAGCAACUGCUCCUCCCCCUUCAUCACCGCCCCUUCCAGCCCCCAAUUCUUCGCUUCCAACAAACCAAACUUCUUCUUCAGCGCCCCCACCAGCCCCACACGUGGCACCUCCUCCUUCUUCCACGACUCCCCCUCCUCUUCCUCUGUUCUUCCCCAUGAAGAACAACAAGAUUUCGAGUUCAAUUUCAGCGGCCACCUCGACCGCCCUUCUCUCUCCGCCGCCGAGCUCUUCGACGGCGGAAAAAUCCGUCCUUUGAAGCCGCCUCCGCGGCUUCAAACUCCGGUAACAUCCCCAAGGUCCAAACUUUCUCCCCGCAAGAAGAAGAAAGACUUCGACCCUUUUGCAGAGGCAAUGAAAGAAACUCUUAAGAGAGAAGAACAAGAAGAAACACAACGAAGGAGGGAAAGGGUUUCGGUUUCUGGUCGUAAAGGAAGCAGGUCGUUGUCCCCUUUGAGAAUCUCCGACAUCGUCGUGUGCGACUCCGAAGACAAAAGCGUUUCUUCUUCAACAAGCAACAACAACUCAAAAACAUCCUCGUUUUUGUCUUCGAUUCCCUUCACGAGAAAAUGGAGGUUCAGGGAUUUUCUCCUCUUCCGAAGCGCCUCGGAGGGAAGAGCAACGGACAAGGAUCCUCUGAGGAGAAAAUACGCGGUUCUGUCGAAGAACAACAACGAGGAUGUUCCGAACUGCAGCUUCCGGUCCACGGAGAGUAAUUCUUCCGGUUCGUUCUCGAAGCGGCGCGGACCGGUCUCGGCCCACGAGCUGCAUUACACGCUGAACCGGGCCGCGUCGGAGGAGAUGAAGAAGAGGACUUUCUUGCCUUACAAGCAGGGGUUGUUGGGCUGCUUGGGCUUUAAUCCUGGUAACAUGCAUAAUCACAUUUCUAAGGGGAUUGGCUCUUUGACGCGUUCUUAGUCAAAUCCAAAUUCCUCGUUUGGAUCUUGCUCUGCUCUCUUUCUUAUCUUGGUGUUUGUGGUUAAUUAGGUUUCAUACUGCCACAUGUUCACCUCCUUUUUUUUUUUUGGAUAUUGUUGUCUCCAUGUUUACGUCAGAGACUAGACUGAAAUUUGUGUCAAAAUAUUUGUACCAUUCACAUCAACAUAUAUAUGAUAAGUUUACUCACACAUGUGACA